AUGAACGUGUCCACGUCCACGGUUGCUACGCGGAGGAGGAGAGCUGCCAAAAGUGCAGAUGACGAGGAGAACGCGGCGGACCUCAAGCUGGGACCUGAGUUCCAGCUCGAGCAGGUGGACCACUCUGGAAGUGCACAGCCGCUGAUCACACUGAAUCUUUCGGAGGCCAGGAUUCUGAUAAGAGCUGCCCUGAAGGAGCGUAAGGACAUGAUCAAUUCGGCCAAUGGCGAGGAGAUUAACCCAGACGAGAACGACGACAACAUCGACGACGAUGCACUUGCCAAGGUCGCAUCCGCACCAGGCGCCAACGAAGUGUUGAGGAAGUCUCUGGACUAUCUGUCUACAUUUGCGCGAUUCAAAGAUGACCAGACUUGCACUGCUGUCGAGCAGCUGCUACGUGCGCCUGAAAAUGAAGUUCUCCAUCCUUUCGAGAUUGCCCAGUUGGGGUCCUUGGCGUGCGAAGAUAUCGAUGAGGCAACCACUUUGAUUCCGAGUUUGAAUUUGAAGAAAGACGACAUAGAUUUGCAGCGUAUUCUGGACGAGUUGAAUCGUCUGGAGAACCCAUACUGA